AUGCCAUUAAAACGAGUAACAAACCGUUUUGUACACGAGUGUGAGCUUUCAAAAAUCGACGAAAAGUCCACAAUCAACAGUCCCUACGACAGCUGCUUCCAAAGUUUCUGCAACGGCUUGCACAGUCACUUGACAAUAGCGAAAAACGUCGACAGUUCCACCUACUUCCGAAGUCUUGCCGCCUUCAAGCGAGAGAAAAACCGUCACCUAUUAUGCCGAAAAUACCGAUAUGUCGUCCACCCUUUCAGCAAUUUCGCAAGACGAGAAAAUCUAAUCGUAUCAUUCAUAUGGUUUUUAGUUUUCGUCGUGCAAACUUUCGUGGGGAGUUUCCUCAAUAAGGAACUACUAGACGAAAAGAACGACCUCAUAUAUCGUCAUAUCAUCGGUUGUGUAAAUUUCCUGCUUUUCCUUGACGUGAUUUUACGAUUUUUCGUGGGGUAUGUGAUCGAUACGACUCGAACGGUCAUUUUGGACCACAAAUCGAUCGUUUUGAACUACCUCAAAACGUAUUUUAUUUUUGAUUUCGGUGCCAGUUUUAGUUACUUCAUUUUCUACAUUUUUCCCCUUGAUGAUAGAGCACAAUUUGUUUUAUAUGAGUUUCAUACUUUGAGACUCGUGAGAGUGAGAACAAUGAUGAAAAAUCUUGACAAUCUUUUGUGCGAUUUUAAAGUCAGAGAAUCGAUUCGGAUUGUUGUCGCAACGGCCUUUGUCGGUUUCUUAAGUUUGCAUACUCUCACUUGCUUUUUUGGCUUAAUCCCAGUUUAUCAAAAAGUUUUCCGCAUUGAGUACGAUACUGAGAACAGCUGGUUGUCCUUUAUCACCGAGGACCCAAAGACCAAGAAACUCAAGUCAGCCUGGGAAUUGGCCCAUUUCCAUUUCCAAAAUUACCUACACCAUCUAUCCAUGGUCAUGUGUCACUUCGUGGGUUGUGCUACUCACAAGUACAAAACGGGAAAUAACCUCGAAAUGAUGCUCCUGGCUUGGAUUACAAUCCUCGGUUUGAUUUUUUACGUCUAUGUCGUGGCCAGAGUCCUCCAAUUAUUCGGCGUGGUCAACAUUUCGGAAACCAAAUUCGAAGAAUUGAAAAUCCAAUCAGACAAAUACAUGCGAAGACACGACUUUUCGGGAGAUUUACGCAAACGCAUCAACAAUUACUACGACUACAAGUUCGAUAAGAAGUUUUUUUCAGAAGAGAAAAUCCUUGAUGCGCUUAGUGAACAUCUCCGGAUGGAAGUUCUUCUUUACAGUUGCCGGAAUCUAAUCGAAGAAGUGCAAAUAUUCAAAGGAUUAUCCAAAGCAGCCGUUGGGUCGGUUUUGGCGCUUUUGAAACAGGAAGUUUAUAUCGCUAAUGAUGUGAUUUUGGAACCGGAUGAGCGGACUGGAGAUAUUUAUUUCAUACUUUACGGCACAUGUGCGAUAAAGUUGAUCGGGGGGAAGGAAGUGAUGCAUAUUGAAGACGGGGAUUAUUUCGGGAUUGUUGAUAUGGAAACAGCUACCGAUCCCGCCUCGAUUGUCUCACUGGAAGUGUCCGAAGUUUACAAAUUAGAAAAAGAUGACAUGAAGUAUUGUUUCAAGAAACAUCCGGAAAUUAGGCAAAAACUGGAAAAGAUGGCCCUUCAUAGGAUGAGGAAAUUUAACCAAAUGUUGACUCUGCGAGGAAUUGAAGAUGAGACCACCGACGAUAUCAUCGAUAAUUUGAGAAAAGGAAGAAUCCUACAUACGGGAAUCCACCGUCAAGCUUUUCUAUAAGUUUCUAGUUUUAUAAGCAA